UUUCAGUGUUCAGCCAAAGCAGACGUGUCUAAGUGCAUUUAGUGCAACAACAAAGUGAAAGAAAAAAAAUCAAUUUAAAACUUAAUUAAAAUAAUAGUGAAUUUGAUAAUAUAAAAAGGAACAGGAAAUAUGCAGAUCUUCGUCAAGACCUUGACUGGCAAGACCAUCACCUUGGAGGUGGAGCCAUCCGAUACCAUUGAGAAUGUUAAGGCCAAGAUCCAGGACAAGGAGGGUAUUCCCCCAGAUCAGCAGCGUUUGAUCUUCGCCGGAAAGCAGCUGGAGGAUGGACGUACUUUGUCCGACUACAACAUCCAGAAGGAGUCCACUUUGCACUUGGUGCUCCGUCUGCGUGGUGGCAUGCAGAUCUUCGUCAAGACCUUGACUGGCAAGACCAUCACCUUGGAGGUGGAGCCAUCCGAUACCAUUGAGAAUGUUAAGGCCAAGAUCCAGGACAAGGAGGGCAUUCCCCCAGAUCAGCAGCGUUUGAUCUUCGCUGGCAAGCAGUUGGAGGAUGGACGCACCUUGUCCGACUACAACAUCCAGAAGGAGUCGACCCUUCAUCUGGUUCUCCGUCUGCGUGGUGGCAUGCAGAUCUUCGUCAAGACCUUGACUGGCAAGACUAUCACCUUGGAGGUGGAGCCAUCCGAUACCAUUGAGAAUGUUAAGGCCAAGAUCCAGGACAAGGAGGGUAUUCCCCCAGAUCAGCAGCGUUUGAUCUUCGCUGGCAAGCAGUUGGAGGAUGGACGCACCUUGUCCGACUACAACAUCCAGAAGGAGUCGACCCUUCAUCUGGUUCUCCGUCUGCGUGGUGGCAUGCAGAUCUUCGUCAAGACCUUGACUGGCAAGACCAUCACCUUGGAGGUGGAGCCAUCCGAUACCAUUGAGAAUGUUAAGGCCAAGAUCCAGGACAAGGAGGGUAUUCCCCCAGAUCAGCAGCGUUUGAUCUUCGCCGGCAAGCAGCUGGAGGAUGGACGUACUUUGUCCGACUACAACAUCCAGAAGGAGUCCACUUUGCACUUGGUGCUCCGUCUGCGUGGUGGCAUGCAGAUCUUCGUCAAGACCUUGACUGGCAAGACCAUCACCUUGGAGGUGGAGCCAUCCGAUACCAUUGAGAAUGUUAAGGCCAAGAUCCAGGACAAGGAGGGCAUUCCCCCAGAUCAGCAGCGUUUGAUCUUCGCCGGCAAGCAGCUGGAGGAUGGACGUACUUUGUCCGACUACAACAUCCAGAAGGAGUCGACCCUUCAUCUGGUUCUCCGUCUGCGUGGUGGCAUGCAGAUCUUCGUCAAGACCUUGACUGGCAAGACCAUCACCUUGGAGGUGGAGCCAUCCGAUACCAUUGAGAAUGUUAAGGCCAAGAUCCAGGACAAGGAGGGUAUUCCCCCAGAUCAGCAGCGUUUGAUCUUCGCCGGCAAGCAGCUGGAGGAUGGACGUACUUUGUCCGACUACAACAUUCAGAAGGAGUCCACUUUGCACUUGGUUCUGCGUCUGCGUGGCGGUUACUAGAUUUGAACACUAUUAAAAGAAGUCAAUAUAUAAAUCUUUCAAAUAACUAAAUGUACUCAAAUAGACAACAUAAAUGUAUUCCCUGUAGUUCAUGUUAAUUGGCAGUAAAUUAUGGUCAAAAUUCCAAAAUAUUUAAA